AUGGGAGAGUUCGGCAAAGUUUAUAAAGCAUUACUAUUUGAUCAACAAAUACAUAAUGAGAUACAAGUGGCCGCAAAAACUAUAAAAAAGUCAAAGAUAAGUGAUGUCAAUACUAUCGAAGCAUUUCUAAAGGAAGGCCUUAUAAUGAAAGACUUCAACCAUUUGAAUGUCUUAACACUUAUAGGUGUCUGCUUUGAAACAACCGGUGAACCGAUAAUUGUUUUACCUUUUAUGGCAAACGGAGAUUUGUUAUCAUAUAUUAGAAAUGAUAACAAUUAUCUAACCGUAAGAAUGCUACUCAUGUUUGCCAUCGAUAUAGCAAAAGGUAUGGCUUAUCUAUCGGAACAUCAUAUCAUUCACCGGGAUUUGGCCGCACGUAACUGUCUUAUCGACGAUAAAUUAUUAGUCAAAAUAGCAGACUUUGGUUUAUCGAGGGAUUUGUUUUAUAAAGAUUAUUACAAAAGUGAUAAUCAAAAACGUAUUUAA